AUGAAGAUCCUCGAAUCCCAAUCCGCCGUCCUCUCCAACUACGAAGUCUACGCGCACCUGACGGCGAUGCGCGCAACCCCCCGCACCGCGCCCCGAAAACCCUCGAAUGUCGACACCGUGCUCAAAGAACUAACAGACUACCUCUCCCCACCCCCCGCCUCCCGCUCCCGCGUCCCCCGCUACCAGAACCCCCCCUACGGCGCCGCCGCCCUCCGCGCCCUGGUCGCGGGCCUCCGGCCCUACGACCUGACGAAGAGCGAGGUGCUCAUGAUCGCGAACCUGAGGCCGGAGGGUCUGGGGCUGCUGGAUUGCGUGGUGGAGGAGUGCGAUGAGCGGUUCACGGCCGAGCGGCAGGAUGAGAUUGUGAAGAUUGUGGGGGAUGUGCUGGGGAGGGAGGGGGAUGGGGAUGGGGUUGAUGGGGAUGGGGUGGAUGGAGUUGAUGGAGAGGGUGGCCAUGAGGAUGGGCCUGUGUGA